AUGGAAGAAGACAAAUAUGUGAAAUCAUAUUCAGCUGGAUUCUGGAAACCAGACUCAGACUCGUCCAAAAGAAACUUAGAAAUCCCUUCCCUAAUUACUGACCAGCAAAGUCCUAUCAUUUCUUUAACCCUUUCUCAAAACUGAGGGUUUUUAUUAUCAGCUGAUGGAAAACUGUGUGAAAUUGCAAAUAGUCAAAGCCCUACCUUUCCUGUUGAAAUACCUACCCCUAUCAAGCUUAUACAAGUGGUUUGCAAUGAUUCAAUAGCGAUAGCUAUAGGAUCCAAUAGAAAUAUGUAUUCUUGGGGUUACGAUCAAGACCAAACUGGUCUUCUUGGCAUCCCUGAUGUGUACGAAGCCUCAUCUCCUACGCAAAUUCCAGGUAUAUCAAAUAUAACACAAAUUUCUAUUGGAACUUCACAUGCAGCUGCUAUUAAUCAAGAAGGACAACUUAUAACAUGGGGAAGUGGAUUUCAUGGAGAACUAGGGACUUCGGGACCAAUUUGUAGGCAAAGCCCUCAAAUAGUUACAAAAGCAGAAAAAUUCAAAAUAAAUCAAAUUUUAUGCGGGGAUACUUUUACGUGUAUUUGUACUGAUGGGUGUUAUGUUUACAUCUUUGGGUCUUUGGGAAAUUCACAUCAUCAUUUAAGAGGCAGGCUGAUUUCGACACCAAAGCCAAGUAUUGGGCUAUCACAAAAAUCAAGGGAUAUUCCUUUUUCCAUAUAUUCCUCUAUUAAAAAUCAUUUAUUAUUCGCUGGGCAAUCUUACUCCCAUUCUGUGAGUUGACCAAAAAAUUUUUUGGGCGAAAACUCACCUUUAUCUUCAUGAGCAAGCAAAAAAUUUUUAUAGAAAAUAUUUAAAUAUAUUUGAUAUAUAUAUCUCAAUAUAUUAAGCUAAAUUUAACAAUUUAAAGAAAUUGAGAUUUUAUUGAAACUUCGAAAAUAUAUAAAUUAGCUACCAAAGUGAUGGACCUAAAAAAAUUUGCUCUCUGAGAGGUGGGAGUAAGGGGAAAUACUAUAAUAAAAUAUUGACGACAGUUCCAGACUUAGAAAGACAUGCUGUGAUUUCAAUGUGCUGUGGGAAUGGUUUUGUUAGUGUUUUAACAGAUUUAGGAGAAGUUUUUUUCUUUGACGACUGUUUAACUUUAAUAAAGGCACCAAUUUAUCAAGAUUCUAUCAUUGAAAUGAUAUCAUGCACAGAAAAUGCAGUUUAUGGGAUAGAUAAAAAUAAUGGGCUAAUUUUUGAAUGAAAAUAUAAUAUUUUUUUUAAAAAUGCUAUUAGCUUAAAUAUUUUAUAAUCAGAUCCUUUUUUAUUUUCUAGAUCAGCCCUAUUUUUCACUUGAUUUUUAAGUCUAAUUAAUUUAAUUUUGGAUAGAAAAAUUCGACUAUCUUCCUCUUUUGAGUCUAAUAUCUGCCAACUUUCAUGCUGGUCUGCAACAGUUUUUGCAGCUAAUGAAGAAUACACAAAUAUAACUCUUUUCAAUUCUCAAAGCAUAUAUUCUCUCUUUUCAUGCCAAACAUCAAUCGGGUUUAUAGAGCCUAUAGGUUAUUAUCUUUCUAUUGUCUAUCCUUAUAAACGGUCAGAAAUUGCUCAGCAAGCAGUCAGAAAUUCUUUAGAUCUCUGAAACAGUGCCCCUGUAACCCCUCAUAUGUUCAAUAAAACAAUAAGGAUGGAGUCGCCUGUUUUUAUUCCAGAGGAAGAAAACGAAAUGGAAAAAAUAUUUUUAGAACAAAUCAAUCAGGAGCAAGAAAAGCAAUUAUUGAAUGCAUUUAGGCCUACUGUUUUUAAUGUUCUACAAAGAGCUUUUAAAAAGAUCAAAGAGUAUACAAUAAUGAAAAUCAUCCAUAAAAGAACUCUUGCAGCUACUUUAGUUCCUACGUCAAUUAAAAAAGUAUUAAAUAGGCAUGAAAUCAGCUCAAAGUUCAGUGCCUUUCAAGCUAUACGAAAUUAUGUUCAAAAUCUAAUAAUAAUUCAAGAGCAAAAUGAAAGAAAUAAACAAAAAAGGCAAUUGAAAAUAAAAGAAGGCACGAAAUUAUUGCUAAAAAUGCUAUCAGAUUGCAUUUUCAGAGAAGAGUGGUUUGCUUUUUCUCAAAUAAAGGAAUAUCAACUUUUGUAUCUCCAAAAGAAAAAUGCUAUUAUGAUCAUCAGAAAAACAUUUACUCCCCCCCCUUCCGUGAGUGAACAAAAAAAUUUUGUUCACUCACGGAGGGGGGUUAAUUUUUUUUUUAAAAAAUUUUUAUAUAAAUGUUUUAUAAAAUUUUUUUUCGAAAUUUAAAAACUCACUUCUAUAAAAUUGGGAAGCAAAUAUUAAUUUAAUUUGUAAAAUUUAUGUUUUUAAAACGCAAUUUGUUUAAAAUUAAACAGAAUUAGCUCGAGAUUUCAUUAUACUAAUUAUCACUUAUAUAUCAAAUUUUUUUUCCAUAAAAAAUUUUUGUUGACUCACGGAGGGUGGGUUUUUGGGCAAAAAAUAGCGAUUUUUCUAAUGGUUUUUGUUCACUCACGGAGGGGAAGAGUUAGAAAUUUUAUUGGGCAUAAGGUUAAGUGCGCUUUUGGGAAAUGAAAAUAUUAUUUGAGAAGGAUGAAGAGUAUUGAAAAACAGAAUGAAAUUAAAAGAAAAAAAGAAAUGAACAAAGCAGAUAUUAUUAAGCUUGAACACAGUUUAAACAUAAUGAAUGUUAUACGAAUGCGAACAAUUAGAUAUGGAUUAAAUGUAUGGAAAGAAAAAACAGAAAAAAUAAGAAUUUAUAUUGAGAACAAUAAAAAAAAAACUGAGAGUUGUUUAAAAAACUUUGUUAUAUUAUUAACAUUAUGUCGAGAAGAAAGAAAAAAGGAAUCUAUUUCAGCUAUAAAAAUGAUCUCAGAUGCACAUAAAACUUCAGAAAAAUUAAAAACUCUUGGGAUCAAGCUGAGUGAAAAGGUACGAAAUAUAACCGCAUUUUCUCUUAAUAAUCAUUAUAAAUCAUUGAUAUCCUAUAGCAGAUUGUCAUCUUACAGACCAGCACUCAUCAAGAUCGCAAAUAUUUGUAGAUUACAUAUGAUUGAAACUUUCUCUAAAAUUUUUAAAGCCUCAAAAAAAUUGAUCAUGCUAUCAGAUUUACUUAAAAAACAUAUUAACAUGUCUCUUAAAAACGCUUUUACAGUUUUGUCCCAAAACUGCAGGCAAAAACUAAAUUCUCGAUACCAGACCUUUGAAACUCCAGAUAUUUCAAUCUUCCAAGAAAGUGAUAUGGUUUUAAUUCAAUCAAUAGAAAGUAUUGGUGACUUAACUACCUCUGUAGCCAGCGCAUAUAAAAAACUGUCUACGUUGCAGACAUCAAAUGAUUUAACAAUUGAAACCAAGCCAGAUUUCAAUAUUUCCUUACAAUCAUCAGACUCAAAAUCUAAAAAUCUUGAGUUAUUCACAUAUCCUUCUGUCAGUGUAUACUUAUAAUAAAGACCAUAGUAGUCUAUUCAAUUAGUUUUGUUCUUGCUUUCUAUAAAAAUAGUUUUUUAUUUCUAUUCGCAAAUUACUUAUUUUCUUCAUUUAUAUUACUUCAAACCCCCAGAGAAAAGCGGCAAACUUCCUCAGGUAUUCAAACUUCGAUAGUCUUAGAAAAAGAGCUCACAUACCAGCAAAAAAUUAUCCGAAACAUAAUGGCCAAAGCAGGGUAUUUACAAGAAAAAUCCAAAAGCUCUCCGAAAAGGCCACCAUGGAUCCCACCUAAUAAAACAGUAGAAUUAUCAAAUGCAAAAAAUUCAAAUAAUUCACAGCAAAAAAGAGCAGAUUAUGAUAACCAUUUAAAAGAAAGAAUAAAAAUAAUCCAGCAGCGAAAAAACCCAGAAAACCUUUACUCUUGUGCAGAAAUAAAACAAAAACGAGAAGUUUGUGCAAGGAGAAUAAAGUCUUAUCCUGAUAAAACUGCUUUACAUUUGAUUUCUAAGCAUAAUAGUUAA